CAUCACUAAAAUAAUUUCUUCCUCUCCUCUCUUUCGCCGGUGUUUCCCUGCUCCAUUCUCCGAACCUUCUCUCCGGCGACUCUUUUUGACUUAUUCCGCCAUGUACUGUUCUUCCCAUUUCUCGUUUCUCCCGGAUAAGAGCUUUCCAAAUUGCUAUUUUCAGUAGAGGAUUUCAAUUCCAAAAUAGACUCUCUGUAUUCCGCCAAUUUCAAUGAACCCGAAUCUGCCACAAGCGCCGGCGGCGGACCGCAACCGCCAGCGGCGGAAACCGGACCUGACCCUCCCUCUGCCGCCGCAGCGUGACCCGAGAUUAGCCGUCCCGCUUCCACUUCCGCCCACUUCCGCCCCUUCCUCAGCCCAAUCCCGCUCCUCUCUCCCGACCACGCCUCUCAAGUUCUCCGAGCUGGAGCGCAUAACCCGCGUCGGGAGUGGGAUCGGCGGUACGGUCUAUAAGGUGCUCCACCGGCCGAGCGGCCGGCUGUACGCGCUGAAGGUCAUCCACGGCCACCACGAGGACGGCGUCCGCCUCCAGAUGUGCCGGGAGAUUGAGAUCCUCCGGGACGUCAACGACCCCAACAUCGUUAAAUGUCACGAUAUGUCCGAUCACAACGGCGAAAUCCAAGUCCUCCUCGAGUUCAUGGACAAGGGAUCUCUGGAAGGGACCCACAUCCCCAGCGAGCCCUUGCUCGCCCACCUCACCCGUCAGAUUCUCUCCGGCCUCGAGUACCUCCACCGCCGGAAAAUCGUUCACCGGGACAUUAAGCCCUCAAAUCUGCUCACCAAUUCCCAGAGCGUGGUGAAGAUUGCCGACUUCGGGGUCUCGAGAAUCCUAGCGGCGACCAUGGAUUGCAACUCCUCCGUCGGCACCAUUGCCUACAUGAGCCCGGAGAGGAUCAACUCCGAUCUGAAUCACGGCCAGUACAAUGGGUUCGCCGGAGAUAUAUGGAGCUUGGGCGUGAGCAUCUUGGAAUUUUACCUGGGCAGGUUUCCGUUCAACGGCGGGAGGCAGGGGGACUGGGCAACCCUCAUGUGCGCCAUUUGUAUGUCUGACCCGCCGGAGGCGCCGCCCACGGCGUCUACUGAGUUCAGAAACUUCAUCGCUUGUUGUUUGCAGAGGGACCCUUCACGACGGUGGACGGCGGCGAAUCUGUUACGCCACCCUUUCAUUUUGCAGCACUGCUCCCGGACGGCGAGCAACAAUCUUGGCAUUCCCAGCCAGGUUCAUCAGACACACCAAUUGCUACCUCCCCGUCCGCAUUUCUCUUCCUGAUUUCCAAAUUUUCCACUUUUGGCUUUUCAAUCUUUCUUGGUCUAUUUCUGUACUAUUUUUUUUUUGAAAUGGAAAUUUGUGAUCAUUUCCAUGUAACGUAUUGUAAUGGUUAGAUGAUCGGUUGUAUGGAAACAAAAAGAUGAAGAAUUGGGUAUUCACAGGAUUAUGUUUAGAUUGAAAUUCCAUACUUCCCUAAUCCAUAUUCCCAAUAAAUCAAUAACUCCCCAUUUUACUUUGUUGUCAAGAAUCACAAGAAAGAAAUGAAAAUGGGAAAUCUCUGUUUUAAGCUUA